CGCGCCCCUCGCCCGGCCCGGCAUGACGCGGCGGCGCCCCGGCGGCGGCGGGAGGUGGGUGCCGGCAGCCCUGGCCGCGCUCCUGGCCCUGAGAGGUCUGGUGUGUGCCCUGGAGGUAUCAGUCAGUUCAGGGAGUAUCCAGGUUGCCCGAGGCCAGACAGCAGUGUUGCCCUGCACCUUCACCACUAACGCUGCUCUCACUAACCUUAAUGUCAUCUGGAUGGUCAUUCCUCUUUCCAACGCCAACCAGCCCCAGCAGGUUAUUCUCUACCAAGGGGGUCAGAUCUUUGGUGGUGCACCCCAGUUCUAUGGGCGAGUGGGGUUUGCUGUGACAAUGCCAACCACCAGUGCCUCCAUCUUCAUCAACAACACUCAGCUGUCAGAUACUGGCACCUACCAGUGUUUGGUCAACAAUCUUCCCGACCGAGGCGUCAGGAAUAUUGGAGUCAUUGGACUUACUGUCUUGGUUCCUCCUUCUGCCCCGCUUUGCAGAAUCCAGGGGUCCCUGGACGUGGGCAGCGAUAUCACACUGACCUGCAGCUCAGAAGAAGGCAUUCCCCGGCCAACAUACCUCUGGGAGAAACUGGACAAUGUUCCCAAGUUGCCCCCAACUGCCACACAAGACCAAGUCCAGGGCACUGUCACUCUCCGAAAUAUCAGCACUGUGUCCUCAGGUCUUUACCAAUGUGUGGCUUCAAAUGCCAUUGGAACCAGCACUUGCCUUCUGGACCUGCAAGUCAUUGCACCUCAUCCACGGAGUAUCGGCCUGAUUGCAGGAGCGGUGGCCACAGGUGCCGUUGUGCUCGUUGUUUGCAUUGUUUUGGUGGCUGUAGCACUGUUCUACUGGAAAAAUAAACACAAAGAAGAAGAAGAGGAGGAAAUUCCCAAUGAGAUAAGAGAGGAUGAACUGCCACCCAAAUGCUCCUCUGCCACAAAGACGUUCCACGCUGAUGCAUCCUCAUCAGAGAACGACACCCUCACCUCCUCCAACACCUACAACAGCCGCUACUGGAACGAUCCUAAAGCCAACCACGCCACAGACUCCUUCACCCGCUUCAGCAACAGCAACGAUGCUCACCAGCCCCCCUUCUCCCGCUCAGGGAGCACGAGUGCCCGCCCCGUCUAUGCCAACGGCGGCCACCCGUCCCCGGCUCCCCCUAAGACACUGGUGGUGACGGCCAGCACGGCACCGUCGCCUCAGGAGGUGAUCCGGAGCAAUGGCUCGGUCGGCAGGAAGCCACGGCUGCCGCACACCCGCUCCUAUGCAGUCAGCCAGGCCACGCUGGAGCGCAUCGGGGCUGUGCCCGUCAUGGUGCCCGCCCAGAGCCGGGCUGGCUCCCUGGUGUAGGACCGUGUGGGCGGCUGAGACCUGAGCAAGGGGCCUCUCAUCCCUGGUGGGGCAAAGAGACCCUACUCCUUCCUGAAAGUCAGUGAGGCAGUGGGGGGGUCACACACUUCCCUCUCCACCUGCCCUUCCCUCUCGAGGCUGCUGCCAGCUGGUGGGACAGCCCUGGCCCAGCCGCUCUCCCCCCAGCUGCUGGAGCUCCUCGUGCCAAUGGACGCCACAGAUGUGCCAAGGCCAGAGGAGCAGGGAGGUCGGGAUGUGCUCCUGGGCUGCUGGGCCCCAGCUGGGACAUGCACUCGGGCCUGACCCUGGGGGGAACUUUUGCUUUUAUUUCCUGUUGGUUUUGUUGGGGACUGAUUCCAUCCAUUUGGGUCUUUCAGGGAGGUUGGGGAGAUAUAUAUAUAUAUAUUAUUUUUUUCCAUUGUUGUUGCUGUUUUGUUUCCAAGAGGAAGAUGACCUGUGUUGGGGCAGGGAAGGCUGCGCAGUCCCAGCUUCCCAUGGCCCUGGCUCCACUGUUGGAUUAGGGAGCACUGUGCACUGGGGCUGGGUGUGAGGAGGCAUGGGACAGGCUGGAGGGGAGAUGAAGGCACAGCCACCAGCCCAGGCAAGCUGAUGGUCGGGUGAGGGUGUGGGCCAGGAAGCAUUUGUCUUUAUUUUUUGCGGUUCUUCCCCCCACCUCAGCACACACAGACACACACAGACACAAGCAGAUCCUCAGACUGGGUGUUUCUCCUGCACUAGGCUGGAGUGCCACCAGAGCCCUGUUUAUAGCUGUGGAGGAUGCAGCCGUCUGAGCAUCUUUCCCUGAGACACUCGGUGCAGGGCAAGGCUGCACCACUGCUGCUGCUGCUGAAGCUGCUGCUGCUGCUCUAGGGCUUGGAUUUCUUUUUUCCCUUUUUUUGGGGUGUUGCUGGGGUUAUUCAGAAGGCAGAGAGGAGCAGGGUGGUGCAAUGGAGCACCAGGCAGGCUCAGGAGGCAUCUGUUGCCCCUGGGCUGCUCUGAUUUGGGGCAAGUGACUUCAAACCCCACAACUUUGAUGUUUGCAUGGUGGAUUUUAUUCAUCAGGCUAUGCAGGGCUGGGCAGCAUGGCAGGGCUUGGAGCCUUCAUAGAGAGGCAUCAGUUUUCAUUCCUGCUCUCCCACGUGCACAGACAUGUUAGCAGGAUUUGUUUCCUGCUUUAGAAUGCAGAGGCUUAAUGAAAGCCCACACACUAUCUCUCUGCCUCUCCCACUUCCUCAGUGUCCUGGGACUGGGUACUGGUGGCAUCUGCCAGUGGUCCUGCCAUCUCCUUGCAGCCUGGCAGGUGGUUUUGGCUGGCACCUCUAUUUUUUCUAUUGCAACUAAAUAGCCUUAAUCAAAGCCAAGAGUUGAAACCUCUGUAGGAAUCUGAUGCCAUUUGGAGGGCUGGACUGAGGGCUGGGAUUUCCUCUCCUAGAGAGCACUGGUUCAAAGAGGCCACACCUGGAUAGGUGUUUUGGCCCUCCUGCAUAACACCAAGCCUUGCACAGGCAAAGGCAGCAAUCACCUCAAAAAGCACCAGAGCCCUCCCAGGUCUGCUCUUGGAAAAGCAAUGUGGGGAGUCACAGGUGACUUCCAUAGUUCUCACAUUGGAAAAGGGUCUGUUUAAGCCAACAGACUCUUCCUCAUCCCCACUUUCCUUGUCCCGGCACGGCUUUACUUUCCCUAGCAGUGCACAAACCUUGGGCAGGGCCUUCUACCUGAGCAGUACAAAUGCAAGCACAGACUCUGAGGAGGAGGAGGGAGAGGUGAGGGCUGGGUUCCCACGUGGACACAGUGGCUUUUUGGGAGACUGGGAGCUCCCAAGCAGCACUAGGUUUGAAGCUUGGCUGAGAUUUUGUGCCUUCUUUUCUUAAAAUAGAAUAAAAAAAAAAAAAAAAGGAAAAAUGAAAGAAAAAGGAGAUAAAAAAUCCAAAAUCCCCUCUUUCCCCCUCUACAGCACUGCAUCCAGAAUGUGUGCAAAACCCCCAGGUGGUUACUCCGUGUGUGCACACAUUUCACUGGUGCAGUCCAGUUUCCUGCCUGUCUGCUCUCUUUGCUGCUGGGUGGUAGGAUUGAUGGGGGAAGAAGAGUGGCUUUAGAAACCCUAAUGGGGGAAGGAAAAAACCCAAAACAAUCAAAGAAAAGCCCAGACACAUUCUCUCUGCUUUUGUAACAACCCCUGUGUGACAUUUACAGGAACACUGCCCUCAGCAGGCACCCUCCUCUACUGGGAAAGCUCUUCUGGUUCCUACCCUCCAUAAGACUGUUUGCUCCUCUUUCUUUGUUCUUUCUAAUUGUAUAAAAUUCAAUAAAAUUUUAUUCAUAUAAAAAAAGGA